AUGGCGGCCAAUGAGGUAGAUGUUUUCGCACAUGAAGAAAAGCGAAACCUGGAGCUCGGAGGUCAUGUGGGGUUUGACAGCCUUCCAGAUCAGUUGGUCAGUAAAUCAGUUGCACAGGGAUUCUGCUUCAACAUCCUCUGCGUCGGUGAGACAGGGAUAGGCAAGUCAACAUUAAUGAACACUCUUUUCAAUACAACAUUUGAGAAUGAGGAAGCCAGCCACUAUCAGAGUGAGGUACAGCUACGCCCACAAACCUAUGAUCUGCAGGAGAGCAAUGUCAAGCUCAAGCUGACCACUGUGCACACUGUAGGGUUUGGAGACCAAAUCAACAAAGAGGAAAGCUAUAAACCCAUUCUUGAGUAUAUUGAUGCCCAGUUUGAAAGGUUUCUGGAGGAGGAGCUAAAAAUAAAACGUUCCUUGUUUAACUGCCAUGACACAAGAAUCCAUAUCUGCCUGUAUUUCAUCGCUCCCACCGGACACUCCCUGAAGUCCCUUGAUCUGGUUACAAUGAAGAAACUAGACAGCAAGGUGAACAUCAUCCCCAUUAUUGCAAAGGCAGACACGGUAUCCAAGAGCGAAUUGGACAAAUUAAAGAUCAAGAUUAUGAGUGAGCUGGUCAGUAAUGGAGUUCAGAUUUAUCAGUUCCCUACAGAGGAUGAAGCCGUUGCAGAGAUCAACACCUCCAUGAAUACUCAUCUUCCCUUUGCUGUGAUUGGAAGUGUAGAAGAAAUUAAAGUGGGAAAUAAGAUGGUGAAAGCAAGGCUGUACCCCUGGGGAUCAGUACAGGUGGAGAAUGAAAACCACUGUGAUUUUGUGAAGCUGAGGGAGAUGCUGCUGCGUGUGAACAUGGAGGAUCUCCGAGAGCAAACACACACCCGACACUAUGAGCUCUACCGUCGCUGCAAGCUAGAAGAGAUGGGCUUCAAGGACACAGGCCUGGACAGCCACUCGUUCAGCCUUCAGGAGACAUACGAAGCCAAGAGGAAGGAGUUCCUUGUGGAUCUGCAGCGCAAAGAGGACGAAAUGAGACAGAUGUUUGUCAACAAGGUGAAGGAGACAGAAGCAGAGCUGAAAGAAAAGGAAAAAGAGCUUCACGAGAGGUUUGAGCAGCUCAAGAGGAUGCACCAGGAAGAAAAGAAGAAUCUGGAGGAGAAAAGACGAGAACUGGAGGAGGAGAUGAAUGCCUUCAAUAGAAGAAGGGUUGCAGCUGAGACACUGAUGGGACAGGCACUCCAAGGCUGCUCACAACAACCAUUCAAAAAGGACAAGGACAAGAAGAAUUGAUUUGUGGAUCAAACAUCCAGGGAAACCAGGAAUGUGUCUGCCAUCAGCAUGGGAAAAAGAGACUGUCAUAUCUGACAUUACUUACUGACACUGUAUGUGUGGACAGUGUCACAGUGACUAUGCACAUAUGUCAGCCCGAACAAUGUGAUGGCUAUAAGCCACUGUGUACUUAUGGAUCAAAAAGGUAGCUUUGCUCAGUGUAUUUAAUUUGUCCCUAAUGCUGACUCUGCUAGACACACAAUCCAUGGACUGUUUUCCUAACAUGUAGCUUGUGUUGUUUUAUGGUCUUGCCAUGAAUGUGUGUUUGUGUCCUGUUGUAGAACAGGAUGCCUCUAGUUACUGACUGAAUUGAACUGAUGGCUGUGAGUUAUGUUAUGUAUUAACAUACAAUAACAUACAUACAAUAAUGUACAUACAAAUAUGGCUGAUUGUUUUUUUAAUUGUUGGUAGUUUGAGGUAAGAUCAUUUAAUUGUCUAACACCAUUCUAUGCAAAGAUAUAAAGAAAAUAGUCUUGAAAUGAGAAAAUAUGUUGCCAUAAUCUAUAUUCAAAUAAAUAACAUCAAUGGAAAACCGAACAGAGCAUCAGUUCAUCUGUUGGUCCACUGAACCCAUUCCCCUUAAACUCUCUGUUCUCUGGGACUUCCCAUUACAUCAGUCAUUUGUGUGAUCCAAAGCAUUUCAUAUUUCACUCGUACUCCUCAUGACAUACCAAAACAUGGUUUUCUGAUUUUCAUUGGUUAACGGUGUUUCUGUAAAAGCAUUAUCCAUUUAAUUCAAGUUUCAGCUUUGAUUUUGCCUUCCGUCAGUGGCAGCAAACAUGGCAAAUAACAAAAUGCUCAAUAAACUUAAUUAUCAUUUGCACUAAACUUUAGUAUUCCAUAUCUUGUUGAGUUUUUUUUAAUGACCUUAAUGAAUAUAGAGUCACUUGUUCAGAUAAAUGACAUGGUUUUUCUUUCCUUUUCAUAGCUUCUUUAGUCUUCCAUCUGCGUGCUCCUUAACCUCAGGAAGGAAUUUGAAUUAGAAGACUUUCUACCCCAUCAAAAGAUCACAGACUAACAAUCAAGUAUAUUAUUUUUACAAUGUGAAAUAACAAUUUUCUAGAAAUGCACUUAACAUCCUUGGAAGUGAUUCAGCCUGACAUCUUCCAUGUCUACUAAACUCUAAGCAGCGCUCUGUAGCAUGGUCUCUGCAUGGCUCCUAACCAUUCCUAGAAGUAUUAAAAGAUUGCCAAAAUCUCUGUUUUUGUACUAAACGUGCUACCUUCAUUUCAUGUUAUGCUUGUAGUUUUUGACCGAUGACAAUUUACACUGUGAAAUAUAAAGUGACAUGAUAUUCCUGUAAUGUUGUUUGGAUUGUAUAUUAUGAUUUAUACGCACUUUAAACCAGUCAUAAUACAAAUACUAUCUUUUAUCUUUAUAAAAGGUGCCCUAUCAUGCUAACAUGUCAGCCCUUAUGUCAUGUCAAAAAGAUCUAGUUAGAAGUAUUUAAUAGUGUGUAUACAGUAUAUAUCUAUAGAUCUAUAUAUAGAUAUAUCUAUAGAUCUAUAUAUAGAUAUAUUAUAUAUCUAUAUACUGUUGUUACAUGAAAAAAACCCUGGAUGUAUAUAAAAUCAGGAUUAAAUCUCUUUAUGUCAGUAGAUCUAUAUGGUGGGUCUUUGUGGGCCCUCUUGCAGAUUUGUAUAUCCUGAUGGAAUAAAGACUGACUUUAUUGAAAACGUG